UGCCGUAUUCACUAUGCCCAUGUUAUGACUCUGGUUGUUUCUUGUCAGGAUUACCAUCGCUUUUGUAUCGCGCGGACAUCUUUGGCGAUGGGCUGCAGCUGCAGUGAGUUGAGCUAGAAUUAGAAGCAGUCUUACCUUUCUUUCAUUUCUUUUCCUUUUUUUUUGGGCUCGGCUGCAACUCGUACGUAGAGUAGUACAUUGUGUAACGUACGUAAUAUCCGGAGUUUGAAAUCGUAAGGUGGGAACCCCCCCCCCCCCCCCCAAGUUGAAUACGCCUCGUGUAGGUACCGUACUACCUGCUGGGUAUGUAAGAAAAAUCGUUACUCGGUGUUUGCAGACACAUAGGAUUUCUGUAUACAUCCCUACACGUAUAUCCUUACACGCAUAUAUACAUGUAUAUAUGGAUCUCGUGAUCUCGUAUACGAGUCCGUACUACCCAUCCCCCAAGCCCCAAAACAAAUUUAUAUAAGGGGUCAUGUCGCGUCGUCGUGUCGUGCGGCUGCACUUGAGUGUUGAAGACGAAACCAUUCAUAUGUAGAUGUUUGUUGGGGCUAGUUGAUGCUACAUACCCAUCCAUCCAUCCACUUACUGGAGUACAAAUCUGCUCUUACGACGAGUGGCGGUUCUAGGCUACAGCUAGCAGGUCAGCUGGCUAGCCAGCCAUUCGUAUAUCCAGAGACAGAAGGAAAUAAACCGAUCCCCCGCGCGCGCGCGUGCGUCUGUGGUGGUUUUCUUACAUGUACUUGUGUACACGCAUGCAUGCAUGCAUAAUAUACUCGCAAGCGAAAAUAUGGGAAACCGGUGAGACGGAUGGGGAUAUGCUAGUCUAUCGAAAAGAAAAGAAAAAACAAUUAACAACGACAGUGCAUGCAUGUAAGCAAUACUUUUUAGUUCUCGCAUAAGCGUCCCGUUUCAAUCGCUUUCAUACAAGGUUUGUCCUCGGAUAUGGCUAGAUUGGGCUUCUUUGCCUCUUUGGAAUCGGUGGGAAGGUGUAUGUACUGCGUAAGAUGCAUUUGGAGGGGGAAAAGCGGUAGGUAGGGCUAAAAGAAUUGAUCGGUCUUGGGUUCUGCGAAAAGCGUGUAUGCUUGUUUUCCUUGCCUUUUGCAGAUUUCUUGCCAUUGCAAAUUUACGUAGGCCAUGUACUUGCUACUUCGCUCUUUUUCCCCUAAAGGGGUUUAUGGUGUAAGAAGCCGGGUUGUGUUGCGGUGAGCGGUGAGCUGGAUUUUUGGUUUGGUGGACUCGGCUGUCUUGUCUUUUCUCUGUAGAUUGAAACAUCUCGCAGGAACUAUCGAGUGCUGACGGUGGAAGCGCUGUCUUCAGUCAAUUUGCGGUUUAUCUCCUCCUUACUUAGUGAAUCGGCCGCUACAGUCUGUACUUUAUUAUCAGCAUGAUUCAUCGACUUUCUUCUCGAAUUCGUGUUAAUAAAUGGAUGUUUUGCCUGAGCGCAUACGGUGAAACUGUU